GGCCACACUGCAGUCACUGGUCCCCGGUGCAUCCGGUGCUUCGUCUGGCAUCUCUGGCGCCACUUGUACGUACGAUGCUAAAGUUUAGAUAAAAAUGGACAACGAGAAAACUACCAUGCUUGCGGUUCUGCAGCUACUUCGGAAGUAUAAUCUGAAGGGAACGGAAGAACUAUUUCGAAAAGAAGCGAAUCUAACAGAUAUCUCUCCGGAUGAAGCUCAGCAAACUGAUUCCGAAGUAAACAGUGUACUCUCUGCAUACAAAAGCGAGGGAGACCCUGCACUCUACGAAAAAGCAUACAGCGAACUAAAAAAAUUUGUAGAGGGUUCUCUAGAUAUAUACAAGCAUGAAUUGGGCACAAUAUUAUACCCAGUCUUGGUACACAUGUAUCUCGAAUUGGUUUAUAAUAAUCAUUCGGAGGAAGCAAAACAACUUCUAGAGAAAUUUGGCGGGAAUCUGGAAGAAUAUUAUCAGAAUGAUUUGAAAAGAUUGUCUAACGUUACCAGACGCGAACAGAUGGCCGGAAACGAGUUAACUGAUACUUUUAAAUCCAAUCAGUUUAUAAUCAGGAUGUCGAGGGAUACCCUUUCUAUAUUAAAACGACAUUUACAAGAAAAAAAACACAGUGUGUUAUUAAACAUCAUACAAGAACAUCUUUAUUUUGAUAUGUACGAAGGAGUAGCUAGAAAUAAACAACAAAUCGAUGCUACAUCGGGCGCGGUAGUCGGAGAGGCGACCAGGCAAGAUAAUAAGGCAAAAGUAUAUUAUGGACUUCUGAAGGAACCAGACAUCCAAUGCGUGCCUCCGACCGAAGAAGAGGAGGACGAUACAGGCGGUGCAGAUGGAGACAAACCAAAAAAGAAAAAGGCUAAGAAAGAUCCUUUAUUUUCAAAGAAAACCAAAUCAGAUCCGAACGCACCACCCGUCGGUAGAAUGCCUUUGCCCAAUUUAAAAGACGCUGAUAAAUUGGAGAAGGUAAAAGCUCUAAGGGAAGCAUCGAAACGCGUGGUGCUUGGUCCAGACACCUUACCCUCUAUCUGCUUUUACACGCUUCUGAACGCUAUUCAUACUGUAACAGCGGCGGAAGUGGCAGAGGACUCGAGUUUACUGGCCAUCGGAUUCAGUGACUCUAGUAUAAAAGUGUGGACGUUAAUUCCACAGAAAUUAAGACUGAUGAAAACCGGCGAACAAUUACAGGACAUCGACAGAGAAGCAGAUGACGUGUUGGUGAGAAUGAUGGAUGAUCGUACAGCGGAAUCGUCAAGGUCUCUGUACGGACAUAACGGUCCCGUGUAUAGUUUGUCAUUCAGUCCAGACAGAAAUCUUCUUCUCUCAUCGUCGGAAGAUAGCACAGUCAGACUAUGGUCCCUACAUACAUGGACGUGUGUCGUAUGCUACAAGGGACAUUUGUUCCCAGUGUGGUGCGUCAGAUUUUCGUCUCACGGUUAUUAUUUCGCUACGUCUUCUCACGACAAAACUGCCAGGCUCUGGGCAACCGAUUCCCAUCAGCCUCUUCGGAUAUUUGCCGGUCAUUAUUCGGACGUAGAUGUAGUACAGUUUCAUCCAAACUCGAACUACGUGGCGACCGGUUCCAGCGACAUGACAGUAAGAUUAUGGGACUGCGUAACCGGUAGCCAAGUCAGAUUAAUGACGGGUCACAAAGCCCCAAUUUACUCCCUUGCUUUUUCCGCAGAAGGUCGGUUUCUAGCAUCCGCUGGAGCAGAUCAUCGCGUUUUAGUUUGGGAUCUGGCACACGGCCAUCUUGUCGCUGCUUUAUCCAAUCAUUCUGGAACCAUUCAUUGUUUGACGUUCAGCAGGGAUGGGAAUAUAUUGGUCUCAGGAUCGUUGGACUCCACGAUUAAACUGUGGGAUUUUACGAAACUUGCGGAGGAAAUGAGUUUAGAGGACGUGAACGUGUCUCACAAUCCGGAUGUAAAGACAAACGCGGAAGCGUAUCUUUUGAGGACUUUCCCGACGAAAAACUCCCCCGUCCUUGCGUUACAUUUUUCCAGAAGAAAUUUAUUAUUGGGUAUUGGCAUGUUCGAAUCCACGUAACCAACGUAGUCGUUCCUCGUCG